AUGAGCAACGUGGACAACAUGUCUGAAACGCCACCAGACGAGGGACCGUCCGCGGCACCCCGCAGGGCAGUCAAGGUUGUCAUCAACAGUGACUUCGCAGCAACCUCGUCGGCACUCGACGUCCCAGCCAGACCAUCCUCCGUGAUUCCCCGCGACUUCUCAUCGCUGGACAUUGCGUCCAGGCGAAGAUUCAAGAGCUACCGUCUGCGCGGCGAGUUCGAGAAGCCAUGGCUCGCAGAUCCGGCCAUGAACAAGACAAAAUGGAACAACUGGAUCGUGAGAGGCUUCAUCCUCCUCGGCCUCAUCCUCGCCGGCGUAGCGUGCGUCUUCUUAGUCUGGCCGUACAAAGACGGGCCUGUAAGUUGUGUCUCCUCUGUCCAUCUCACGAAAGCACCCGGUAACAAAAGGCUUCCUUCCCAGUAUUGCCUCGUCUACGAAGACCACUUCACCUCCCUGAACAAGGAUAUCUGGUCGCACGAGGUGCAGCUCGACGGCUUCGGCACAGGCAGCUUCGACUGGACCACCAGCGACGCAAAGAACUCGUACGUCGACGCCGAAGGCCUGCACAUUGUUCCCACCCUCACCAACGAGUCCACGCCCAUCACCAACAACGACCUCUUCGCCAACUACACCCUGGACCUGACCAAGGACGGCAGCUGCACCAGCACCGCCAACACCUCCUGCAUCACCACCUCGGACCCCAAAAAGGGCGCCAUGAUCCCCCCCAUCCGCUCCGCCCGCCUCUCGACAAAGGGCAAGAAGAGCAUCCGCUACGGCAGAGUGGAAGUUGUCGCCAAACUCCCCAGGGGCGACUGGAUCUGGCCCGCCAUCUGGAUGAUGCCCGAGGCCUCCACCUACGGCGAAUGGCCUCGCAGCGGCGAGAUCGACAUCAUGGAAUCGAGAGGCAACUCGCGCGCCUACACCGAAGGCGGCCGCAACUACUACUACGGCACCCUCCACUGGGGUCCCACGGCCGAAAAGGACAGCUACUGGCGCACCACCAACGCAAAGAUGCUCCGCCGCGGCGACUUCUCGCGCGGCUUCCACACGUUCGGCGUCCAGUGGACCCCCGGCUACAUCUACUUCUACGUCGACAGCCGCGCCCACCAAAUCCUGUUUGUCGGCUUCGACCGCGCCCGCCCGCUCUACGACCUCGGCCGCUUCGCCAGCAUGGCCGAGAACCAGACGCUGCUGGCGAACCCGUGA